UUUUAAUUUAAAAAUAAUUUUUUAUUAUUAUUUUCCAAAUACUUAGAUUCUUUUGUCUUCUCAAUUUCUUUUCUUCUUGGAUUAAUAAUCACUCCCAUAUUCUCUUCUUAAAAACCCUUCAUUUUGGUUUGGUUUGUUGUUGUUCACAAGUUUCUCUUUUUCCCAGUUCCUAUCCUCACAAUUAAUUUCUGUCUCAACCACAGAUGGGUUUGGAUGAUUUUUCUCAAACAGGCCUGGUCUUGGGCUUAGGGCUCUCUAAUGAUCAAAGGUUGAAGAAAAAGCCUGCACCUUGCUCCUCUAGUUCACUUGAUUUUGAGCCUUGUGCUUUGACUUUGGGAUUUUCCGGCAGCGGCGGCCACACUCACCAGAAAGUUAUAGAUGUUAAUAACAAGAUGAUGAUGAUUAAUAACAACUCCGAUGUGGGUGUUCAUCAUUUGCAUCGCCAAGAAGCUUCCACUCAUAGCAGCAGCGCUGUUUGUUCUUCCUUCUCCGGCGGCGGUAGGGUUAAAAGGGAGAGAGAUCUCAGCAGUGAUGAAGUUGAAUUGGACAGAGUUUCUUCUAGAGUUAGUGAUGAAGAUGAAGAUGGUUCUAAUACUAGGAAGAAACUUCGGCUCUCUAAACAACAAUCCGCCCUCUUGGAACAAAGCUUCAAGCAAAAUAGCACGCUCAAUCCUAAGCAAAAACAAGCCUUGGCAAGACAACUAAAUCUACGGCCACGACAAGUUGAAGUAUGGUUUCAAAAUAGGAGAGCCCGAACAAAACUAAAACAAACAGAAGUAGACUGUGAGUUGUUGAAGAAGUGUUGUGAGACAUUGACAGAUGAAAAUAGAAGACUACAAAAGGAACUCCAAGAAUUGAAGGCAUUAAAGCUAGCUCAACCGAUGUACAUGCAGAUACCAGCGGCAACAUUAACAAUAUGCCCCUCCUGCGAAAGGGUAGGUGGCGGUGGCGACGGUGGUGCUUCCAAACCCAAAUUUUCAAUGGCUCCUAAGCCUCACUUUUAUAACCCCUUCUCCAAUCCUUCCGCCGCAUGUUAGAAAAUUUUAAUUAUUGCACACUCAAUACAAUUGUCAUCUACACAAAAUUUACGACCCCAAUAGUAUUAUUUCUCCCUUUUUCUUCUUCAAAAAGCUUGUAGAGCUAAAUUAGAAAUCAGAGAAAUUUAAUGUAAGUAGUAGCUACCUAGUUAGCAUGUAAAAAUAUUACUCUUAUGAAACGAGGAAUACUUAGAUGCAUCUCAAAAAUA